CCUUCAAUUUGUUUUUUUUGUAUGGAUGAGAUUGGAAGAUGUCUGUCUUAGCGAUAUCUUCUCCUUCAACUACUCUCAUCAGACCACUAAAACGCAACGGGCUAAACCGGUCACCGGUUCGAAAAAUCCUCUGCUUCAGCCAGAGGAGACAGAGCAGAACCGAUACCGGAAAAUCUUGGAUCGUCCCAGUAAGUCUCUCGCUUUUUGGGUCAGGCUUCGUCUUGGGUCCUCUUCUCGAUGGUCUCCAUUCACGUGUCGAUCUCGUGGUUUACCAAAACGGAGCUUUCCAAAUCGGUCCUCUUCAUACAAACAUCUGGGUACCGUUCUUGCUUGGCUUAUUUUACUGCACAGUAGGCUUACUACAACUCCUACUGGAUGAGACAACCUCUACAAAACCUCCACGUGGCAAUCUAGACAAAACCGUAAUUUCCCUCUUAGCACUGGUGCUGUUCUUAGAGUUAAGUGCUGAGAUGUAUAAAGCUGGAGUUUCAGACAACAUAGAAGCUUACAUUCUAUUUGCCCUAGCAGAAUUUCUUUGGUUCUCUUUGGAUAGAACUUGGAUUGGCUUCACCAUUGCCACUCUCCUUGGUAUCGCAUGUCCCUUAGCCGAAAUCCCCAUCAUGCAAUACUUCCAUCUGUGGUAUUAUCCAGAAGCAAACAUAGAGAUCUUUGGCCAGGGAUUGGUUACUUGGACAACAACUUGCUACUUUGUCUACACACCUUUCUUGAUCAACCUGGCAAGAUGGCUCAGAACAGUUCUGGAGACGAAAACUACUGAUGUGGACAUUAGCUAAAACAAAGAGCAGUGGUGUCUUUACAUAUAUAUAUAGUGGCAUUCUUCAUGCUUUCUAGCUUGUAAAGGUUACAUUAGUUAUGUCCUUGAACUUUUCUUUAAUCGCUGCUCGUAUUCCCAUU